UGAACAAAAUAAAGAGAGGAGAAAGAGAGCGCAAAUGGAGUGGAAGAAAUGGUACUUAGACGCGAUUCUUGUGCCCUUAGCUCUUAUGAUGAUGAUUUGUUACCACAUCUACUUGUCCUUCAUGGUCCGAACCAAUCCCUUCUCCACCCUCCUCGGCAUUAACUCUCACGGCCGCCGGAUUUGGAUUUCUGCUAUGAUCAAGGACAAUCAGAAGACGAACAUAUUGGCGGUACAAACACUGCGUAACAUAGUAAUGGGAGCUACACUGAUGGCCACGACCUGCGUGCUUCUCUGCGCGGGUCUAGCCGCAGUGUUAAGCAGCACUUACAGCAUCAAGAAGCCUCUAAACGACGCCGUUUUUGGUGCUCAUGGAGAUUUCGCCAUAUCCAUCAAAUACCUAACAAUUCUCACAAUUUUCAUCUUCUCCUUUUUCUUCCACUCCCUCUCCAUCCGUUUCCUAAACCAAGUCGCCAUUCUCGUAAACAUCCCUAACUUAGACCCUAAUCCUUCUGGUUGCGUCUUCCUCACGUCUGAGCACGUCAGCGAGAUGUUCGAAAAGGGUAUCUUUCUUAACACGGUAGGUAACAGGUUGUUCUACGCAGGCUUUUCUCUAAUGUUAUGGAUCUUUGGUCCCAUCCUCGUGUUCUUUAGCGUUUUGGUGAUGGUUCUUGUUCUUUCUCACCUCGAUUUCGUGUCACGCAACAACAAUAAAGAAAAACUACGUAUAGUGGAUAUACGUCGUUCCUCUGAUUUUACGAAUGGUGGUGAAGACUAGGAAUCUAGGACGCAAGAUGACUUUUUUGGUUAAAGGAUGAUGCUUAUUGAUAGUACAUGACGAUGAUAUCAUAACCUCCGGAUUGUUAAUAAAUGCACUUGGAGAUUUUCUCUUGUUAUGACUUAUGGCCUUGCUUUUAUGAACUUUUAUUAUU